AUGAAGUUCACCACUGCUAUCGCUGCCCUGGCUGGCAUUGCCAUGGCUGCUCCCGUCGCCGAGACUGAGGUUGCCGACUUGGAGAAGCGUGCUACUCCCAUCAACUACGUCCAGAACUACAACGGCAACAUGGCCAACUUCAAGUACAACCAGGGUGCUGGCACCUACUCCGCCAGCUGGAACAACCCUGGCGACUUCGUCGUCGGUCUUGGCUGGAACAAGGGCUCCGCCAGCGGUAACUACCAGACCAAGGGAAGCUCCUACUACGCCGUCUACGGUUGGUUGAACAAUCCCUUGACCGGUAAGCUCACCAAUUCACAAACCGCAACCAUAACUCCCACUGACAAACGAACCANNGAGUACUACGUCGUUGAGAACUACUCCUACGACCCCUGCUCCACCGGCACCCAGGUCGGCACCCUUACCAGCGACGGCUCUUCCUACAAGAUCUGCACCCACACCCAGGUCAACCAGCCCUCCAUCUCUGGCACCAAGACCUUCGGCCAGUUCUUCUCGGUCCGCCAGAACAAGCGUUCUUCCGGUACCGUCAACAUGGCCAACCACUUCAACGCCUGGUCCCAGCACGGCUUCAAGACCGGUGACUACAACUACCAGGUCUUCGCCACCGAGGCCUUCGGCAGCUCCGGCAGUGCUAGCGUCACUGUCUCUGAAGGAACUAGCUCCGCUAGUGGGUCUGGCGCAAGCUCUGGCUCUGGCUCUUCGACUCCCUCAAAAGCUCCUGUGACGACUUCCGUUCCUAGCAGCACCUCUGCUCCCGCCGGCGGAUCGAGCAGUGGUUCUGUCCAAGUCUGGGGCCAAUGUGGUGGUCAAGGAGCAUCAUUUGGCGCCUGUGUCUCUGGCACCAAGUGUGUGUUCCAGAACCAGUGGUACUCUCAGUGCCAGCCCGCAUAA